AUGAAUGGAAGUCAGUACAUCUGGAUCCUCAUUGGUCAUCUUCUCCAGAAUGUGGCACUGAAUAAAAAAGCCGUCCAGUCUUCAGUAGGCUUCGGUGAUGCUGCCAGGGCAGUUGAUGGCAACAAAGACCCAAGAUUAACAAGCAAAACCUGUAUCCACACCAAAGAAGAAUCUGAUCCCUGGUGGAGAGUAGACUUACAGAAUGUGUACAAAAUUGCUGCUGUAACAAUAACCAACAGAAAAGAACACAGUCACAGGCUGAAUGGUGCCGAAAUCUGGAUUAAAAACUCAAUAGAGACCAAUGACACCAAAAGCAUCAGAUGUGCAGUCAUCUCUCACAUCCCAAGCGAACAAACAGUCUACUUUCCAUGCAGCGCUGCAGAGGGACGCUACGUCAUGGUGCUUGUCCGAGGAAGCAAGAAGGUUUUGAGUCUUUGCGAAGUUGAGGUGUUCCCUGAAAACUAUGCACAUCCUUUAUCCAACGUGGCACUGAAAGGAGAUGCCACCCAGUCAUCAACGCUGUCUUCCGCUACUGCCUCCAAAGCCAUCGAUGGGAGACGGAACUCAUACUACAGCCAGGGGUCCUGUAGCCACACUGCCGAGAAAAAGACCAACCCCUGGUGGAGGGUGGACCUGCGACGGACAUAUAUAGUCAAUUCUGUCAAAAUCACUAACAGAAGAGACUGCUGUGCCGAGAGACUGGAUGGAGCUGAGAUUCGAAUUGGGAACUCCCUGGAGAACAACGGAAACAGUAACCCCAGGUGUGCUACCAUCGCCCACAUCAGAGCGGGUAAAACCAACACAUACUACUGUGAUGGCGGCAGCAUGGAGGGUCGUUUUGUGAAUGUGAUUAUCCCUGGAGAGGGCAAGACUCUCACCCUGUGCGAAGUUGAGGUGUUCCCUGAAAACUAUGUACAUCCUUUAUCCAACGUGGCACUGAAAGGAGAUGCCACCCAGUCAUCAACGCUGUCUUUCGCUACUGCCUCCAAAGCCAUCGAUGGGAGACGGAACUCAUACUACAGCCAGGGGUUCUGCAGCCACACUGCCGAGAAAAAGACCAACCCCUGGUGGAGGGUGGACCUGCGACGGACAUAUAUAGUCAAUUCUGUCAAAAUCACUAACAGGGGAGACUGCUGUGCCGAGAGACUGGAUGGAGCUGAGAUCCGCAUUGGGAACUCCCUGGAGAACAACGGAAACGGUAACCCCAGGUGUGCUACCAUCGCCCACAUCAGAGCGGGUAAAACCAACACAUACCACUGUGAUGGCGGCAGCAUGGAGGGUCGCUUUGUGAAUGUGAUUAUCCCUGGAGAGGGCAAGACUCUUACCCUGUGCGAAGUGGAGGUGUAUGCUGCCCCAAAAGCUGUCAGUGGGUGUAGAGGUGGAAUAGUUGACCGCUGCUGUAGCCAGACUUUGGAACAGUAUGAACCCUGGUGGAGAGUAGACUUGUUAGCUGUGCACAAGGUCAGUGCCAUCACCAUCAUCAACAGGCGAGACUGUUGUACUGACAAACUUAGGGGGGCACAGAUCCGCAUUGGGAACACACCGUCAACCUAUGGCUUCAUAAACCCCAGAUGUGGUACUAUCUCAUCAACGGAUGAUACGUCAAUGUACACCUUUGACUGCGCAGGCAUGAAAGGUCGCUACAUCAAAGUGAUUAUUCCAGGAGAUUCUAAGGUGCUGACACUGUGUGAAGUGGAAGUGUUCGCUUCGGCAGUUAUCACGCCCUCUCCUCCUCUUCCUCCGCCUCCACCCCCUCCGGCUGUGAGCGUGCUGCUGAGCGGCAGGAACGUGACAGUGGUGGGAGAGAGGCUGUGCUGGGCCGAUGCUCUGUUCUUCUGCAGACGUCAUCACUGGGAUCUACUUAGCCUUCGCAGCCAGGAAGAGCAGAGCGAGGUGGAGCAGCUGCUGAGCCGCAGUCCUUUCCCUCUCACAGACUAUGUUUGGCUUGGGUUGCGCAGAUACCUAAUGGGUGACAGGUGGUUCUGGAUGUCUGGCGAUUCCAUGAAAUUCACCAAAUGGCGGCGAGAUUCUGCCCCUAACCGUUACUCCAGCCCCUGUGGAGGUAUGGCCAGAGGAGAGCUCUUCCUGUGGGAGGACCAGCCUUGUGGGAAGCACCUUAAUUUCAUUUGCCAGUCAGGUGCUGAGAGUGGAACACAACGAGUCUAUUUCUACAGCACAAGGAAAGCCGCAGAUCCUUAGUUAGGGUUAAUAAUCAAGGCAUUCUCACUCCCAACUCGUCAUAUACGGCAGCUCAGUCAGGAGCACUUUAGUAUUUCCAUUUGUAGUUUAACAUUUGGCAGUAUGGCUGUGUUCUGGGGCCUCUUUGCUUUUCCUAGGCCUAUGCAGAAAGCCUCUUCCACGCACCUACGUGGUAAGCCUAAGACAGGGAGAGCACACUGCCCUUCCAUGCGCCUAAGUGGAAAGCUUAAGGCUGAGAGAGCACACCUCUCUGCCCUUCCAUGCGCCUAAGUGGAAAGCUUAAGGCCGAGAGAGCACACCUCUCUGCCCUUCCACCCUUCCUAAGGGCCACUGUCCAAGCAGCUGUAUUUAAGGAGCUGGGAGUGAGAACAUGUUGUACUAUUAGAAUCUGUAUUUUUAAGUUAGCUAGGAAAUAGCGACUAUAA